AUGCGUCUCGGUCUGCUCGUCGCCGCGUUGGCUGCGCUGUCCUUCCAGCCGGCCUCGUCGCUCCUGCGCGUUCCUUUGACCGCCAAGGCGCAACGACGCAGCGCUGAUCACCUGCUCCAGUUCCACACGCAACCCAGCGACGCCGUGACCAAUGCAGUUCAAGCUGAUCACGUCCUGCAGUACGCCGCGAUCAACACUCAAGAUAUCCUGCACAAUGCGCAGGAUCUAGCUGCACAGGGUCUUGUACCACUCGAGAACUUUAUGGAGUUCCAGUUCUUUGGCCCCAUCGCCAUCGGGUCGCCUCCUCAGGAGGUCCUGGUGUGCUUCGACACAGGCUCGAGUGACCUGUGGGUGCCCGGCAACAAGUGCGAGGCCUGCGCAGGCCAGGAUCGCUUCAACCACUCGCUGUCCAGCACAUACCACGAGUCCACGACCCACCCCGCCUUUGCCGUACAGUACGGGAGUGGCAAAGUAAGCGGUCACUUCGGCCUGGACGUGGUACAUGUGGCUCAGUUCCAGGUGCAGGACACGACUGUCGGUAUCGUCAGGACGGAGGAGGAAUCCAUGGCCAGAAUGAAGGCUGACGGCCUGUUGGGUAUGGCUUUCGACGGGCUCUCCACGUUCUCCCACCCUCCGCUCUUCUUCGCCCUCUUGGAGCAAUACCCAGAGCUGGAUUCGGUGUUUGCCUUCUAUCUCAGUCCGGAUCCCAAUACCAAUGGAUCCGAACUGCACUUAGGAGGAUACGACGAGGACUUUAUGGGCUCGCUCGAAGCUUCUUGGCAGAUGACGGACGUGCUGCCUCAAUUCGGCCAAUGGACGUUCUGGAGGAUCCACCUGCACAGCGUCAACGUGGGCAAGCACAGAAACGCCUGUGCGGAUGGCUGUGUGGCCUUCGUGGACUCCGGAACGUCGCUCAUUGGCAUCCCAGGCACUUUGUAUUUGAACUUUCUGUAUGAAGUGGCUACAUUUGCUCAGAACCAAGGCUGCUACUGUGGAUUCGUCCAGUACGGCUUCCAGUGCUUCCUGUGUGCUCCAGAAGACUUCCCGCCGCUUCGGAUUGGCAUCGGAGGGAACCACUUUUACGUCUUGGAAGGCUCGGACUACACGCUCUGCGUCGGCUUAACCUGUAUCGUGCUGGUCCAGCCGAGUGGGCAGGAGAUGUGGGUGCUGGGCGAUGUGUUCAUGAAGAAAUUCUACUCUCUAUACGACGUCAAGAAGAAACAAAUGGGCUUCGCCUGUCCAGCCAACUCGACGUUGUGUGGUGUGGAAGAUAUGCAGGAUAAGACGGUGAACAGCAACGGCAACGACCUGUUGCCGUCCCAGAAGUCGCCCUUCUUCGAGAACAGCUUCAACAUGUACGACAUGGACACCCACGCUGUGCUGGUGUUGUUUCUGUCGGGUCUGUCGCUCGUGGGCUCCGGGUUCAUCGUGUCUUCGUUUGUGCAGUACCCCAUUCUACGGAGUUUCCGCUCGUUCUCGAUCUUCUUUUGGCUUUCGGUGUGCACGUUGGGCUACAACUUGACGCUGUGGAUCGCUGGCGUGUGGCGUGCUCACCAGACCCACGUCUUGUUCUGCGCCUUACUGAAGAGCAGUCAACAGUUCUUCGGCACUGCCAUUUUGCUGUUUAGUGCUGCAGUUGGCCUGGAGCUGAUUCGUGCUGUGCGGUGGACGCAUUCGAGUACAGUGGAGUACAAACUGGUCUACCACGUCGUCAUCUGGUGCUCUGCUGCGUUCACGGGGGCAUUUUCGCUGCUCACGGGGGUUGUAGGCUUCCUCCCUGACGGUGCCGGACCAUGUCGAGCGUGUUUUGUGGGCCAUAGUCCUGGUUGGGCUCGGGUGUUGCUCUUCUACUUGCCAGCUACACUGACACUUACGUUUGCCGGGUCGGCUGUGUACCUUGCGUCCAAGGGCUCUGCAGGACUGUCGCUACCGCCCCAGGCCGAACGUGCACGUCGUAGUAGUGGGCAGCUACUGUCGAGUUGUGUGGCUACAGUUGCCGCACUGUUCCUCCCGACGCUGUUCGGUUGGUUGCAAUCUUUUGGGGCCGACUGGGUCACCUCUGGCUUCUUCCUGUAUCUGUCCGAGUUGUGCUUCUACUCGCAAGGUCUGCUGAACGCGUUAUCCUGGGCGUUUAACCCGUCGUACCGUGUCGCUCGAUACCGAGGCAGCAAUGCUGUGGGAGGUGAGGCGACGCGUCUCAUGGGACCAAAUUAA